ACUCCAGGAUGGCGACCAUCGCUCCACAUUCCAGCCAGAAGGAAGGAGAGGCAUCCAUAUCACGGGCGCAUUUAGCUACAGGGGAAGCUGGAAAACGUGGCCGUGAUCAAAUCGGUCCUGUGUCCAGUUAGAAAUAAUAAGGACACACCCCGCUACUCUUCCCUUCCUGCAGCUAGAAUUGCUGUAUGGCUCCUUCCUCCUCAAGUCCCGCCCCUUCCGCUACCCCCUCUGGAGAAGAACCGGAAGUCGGAGGAGAGCCGGCGAGCUCCCACGCGGCAUCGGAGGAGGAGCGGAAGUAGUCCGAUUUCACGAAGCCGUAAGGCGCACUGGCUGUCUCGCCUUCCGGUUCACGACAACGGCUCCAACCGUCCGAUCCGGACUAGCUCGAGCGCCGGGAUCUGCCGGACACUUGGUGGUUCAACUUCUUCCCGAUUCCGGCCCUUUCACCCGGGAUCAUGUUCAAGAAGUUUGAUGAAAAGGAGGAUGUGUCCAGUUUCAUCCAGCUGAAAACCUCGGUUAUUAAGGGGAUUAAGAACCAACUGAUAGAGCAGUUUUCAGGUAUUGAACCAUGGCUUAACCAAAUUAUGCCUAAGAAGGAACCUGUCAAAAUAGUUCGAUGCCACGAACAUACAGAAAUCAUUACAGUAAAUGGAGAAUUACUUUUUUUUAGACAAAGGAAGGGGCCUUUUUAUCCAACCCUAAGGUUACUUCACAAAUAUCCUUUUAUCCUGCCACACCAGCAGGUGGAUAAAGGAGCCAUCACAUUUGUACUCAGUGGAGCAAAUAUCAUGUGUCCAGGUUUAACUUCUCCUGGAGCUAAGCUUUAUCCUGCAGCAGUAGACACAAUUGUUGCAGUCAUGGCAGAAGGAAAACAGCAUGCGCUGUGUGUUGGAGUCAUGAAGAAGUCUGCAGAAGAUAUCGAGAAAGUCAACAAAGGAAUUGGCAUUGAGAAUAUCCAUUAUUUAAAUGAUGGGCUGUGGCACAUGAAGACGUAUAAGUGAGACUCAGAAGGAAUGAACUUGGCCUAAAUAUGGAUAUUGUGUUGUAUGUGUGUUUGUAUCUGUGUGUGACAGUAUGAAGACAGUGCCUGUGUGGUUAUUCUGAGUAAAC